AUGACCUUCAAGAUCAGUGGCCAGCCACUACCAAUACGAACAAGAGAGAAUUUGUGGAAAUAUCUUGGCCUAAGAUUCUCGCACAAAGGUCAUAAGAAGACAAGACUUAUCACCACACUCAGUCUACUCUUCGAGCGCCUCUAUAAGGUCCAACAGCAACUAACAGUGGCUCUUCAGGCUCAAAGUGUUUGUCCUUCCAGAGACUUAUUAUCGUAUGUCCCGGGUUGGGUGAAUAUCAGAAGACUAGCAGAUAAUUCUACAACCUCCUUCAUUACUAAGGAGCUCGACCAAUGUAGAAGGAGACUUACCAAAGGAAACUCCACCUACCUCACAUUUAACGACAUCAAAAAUCAGGCGGCCAAUAUCCUUCACACUUUGAUGGAUGGGACGGCGCUUAAGGAGUUCUCUCAAGUACCCCAGCAGUGGGUAUUAGAUGGAAGACUCCUCCUCACAAGUAAGGACUACGUGAAUUGCUACAAAGUCCAAAUCAGAGCGCUGCCAACAAGACCCAGAGCUACGAGGAGCCACCCAGCAAUCCUCAAACCAAGGAUAGACCGACAUUAUGCAGUGCUCGCAUACAUUGGGAGGAAUCUUUGCCGGCAAUGGUUCGAAGUCAUCCAAGAACUGCACAUCAAGAUGCAGGAGGGACUAAGAAAACUGGACAUCAUAGCAACAAUUGGUUCACUUGGACUGUACGCUAACAAUCCUGACACUGAUAGUACUAUCAGAAGGAAAACUGGCGUCACUAACAUCAGACAUAUGCCAGUAGUUUCUUCAUCCAGGAGAAUCUGGUGUAGAAAACUGGCAUCAGAUCUCAUGGAAAUAAAAAUCAUAAAGAAGAGAGAACUCGCCAUCUUGGCCACAAGAGUUUUGUUGAGAGGAAUGAUCGCACACCGGCUGUUCUAA